AUUCAUUAUCUGGGUUGUUCAAAAAUCAAUGACCCAUUAAACGAGUCGGAAAUGCUGAAACUUAUGCGUUUCUUGGACGAGCAGCGGACGUCGGCUACCGUCACCGUAUCUUUGGCCGUCCCACAUUCGUCUCGGGGAUUCGUCGUGCUUCGUGACAAUAGUGGAGGCGAACUGACAUCUUUUCCGGUGCACAGGAUUCGAUUUUGUGUCCGAGGUCGUCUGGAUUCCGCGCAGAAGCACUGUUUCAGCUUAUCCUUCACGCAUCACGGUGCCGACGGUGAACAGACACAUCAAUGCCACGUCUUUCGGAGUGCUCAACCUGAUGCGGUAUUUUAUAUCGUUCCUGUCUCCUAUACCACAUUAAUCAUCUAUAAUGCCUUUAAUCGUCGAGUAAUUCGAAUCCUGGAGAAGUUUUCACUCUUUCCUAUUACAGGGUACAUAAAUACAUAG